AAAAUUAAGAAAAAUAAAUAACCGAACCACUUUAACAAUGUUAUCACAUGGAAUUAAAAACAUAUAAAAAUGGUUACACAAUUUUAAAUUAUCGUUUUUACAUGGAUGUAUUUGAGCAAUAUUCGAUGUAUUAAAAAUAUCGAAAUUUUGCGUGAUGUAAACAAAUUUGUGAGGUUAAGAGAUGUCAAACAAGGGGGCUUUGGCUCUACUGGCCGAAUACGAGGGUGACAGUUCUGAGGAUGAAGUCCCCGGUACGCGUGCUUCCACCAAAAGACUCCACAAAGACGAUGAUGAGGAGCCCCGAAAUAAACGUUUUGAAAGGCUUCCGGUACCAAAUUUCACGAUUAAUAAACUCGAAGAGGUUGUAGAUGAUCCAGGAUUACAUGAGGGGCGACUUCGAAGUUUCCCUCAUGAAAGGGGGAAUUGGGCCACUUAUGUUUACAUCCCUUAUGAGGCCAAUGAAGGGUUACAGAGACUGAUUUCACGAAUCGCGGAUUUAAGUCAAGUUGAAAAUAUUGAAUUGAAAUUUUUCGAUAGUUUUCAUUUGAGUCUUACACGAACCGUGGUUUUGAGGCAUCAUCUGAUUGAGCCUUUUGUUAACACAAUAAGGGAAAAUAUCAGUCAUUUUAAUAAAUUCAUUGUAAUGUUUGAUAGCCUAGAAGUGUACACAAACGAAGAAAAAACACGCACUUUUUUAGGUUUACAAAUUAAAACCGGUUACGACUCUCUAGUGAAAUUAAUUCAAUGUCUCGACCAUUGUUUAGGUGAAUUUAAAUUACAGAAAUUCUACGAAAAUCCUUCUUUUCACAUUAGCAUAGCUUGGUGUCUUGGUGACGCAACAGAAAAAUUCAAAUCAAUAAUUGGUGACUUAAAUCACGAAUUAGAGCAACUCAUGAAUGAAUUCUCACAAGAAAAUUGGUAUAUUUAUGUGGAGGAAGUUUUUUGUAGGACAGGAAACAAAUUGUUUCGGUUUCAAUUGUUGUGAUUUUUUUCUAUAUAAAAAAUAAUCAAAAACUAAUGUUUUUUAAUAAA